AUGGUGGCCUACCUGCUGCAGUUUUCCUACGAAAAUGAUUACUCCACUUUCUUGUCAGGGCAGGCAGGUUUCAUGUGGUGCUUGCACCAGACGCGUGCCGGUCGAGAUGGGCUUGAACGUGACUGUGCCUUGGAGUUCGCGCUGCAAGAGAGUCGUGGAUUGCUCGCACUGUGCCAUGGGCAAUCAGAAGCUGAUGCCGACCCGUACGUCCGCAUUUCGGCCUUGCGCUUGGUGGCCUUGUUAGCUAGGAAUAGUUCCAGGCGGGCGCAGCAUACCUUGACGGAACCCAUUCCAGCGAUCCUGAAGUCGAUGGAGGAUGACCCAACCGUAGACUUUGAAGAGAUCAUGGUAGCCGUGUGGCACAUGAGUGCCUGCCGCCUCUUCUUGGAAGAAGCUGCGCGGAAAAAUUGGGUUGAAUGCCUAGCAACUCUUGCACGCCACAGGCGGGACGCAGAACUUGGUUUUUUGCUUGAACAGCUCCAGCUGUGGGCCGGCGACCAGAGCAACGUUUGA